CACUGACUUCCAAAGAGUUAAACUUGUUGAAAGACUUCCUGCCAGCUUUCUGCUGGCAGCAUUGGAGGGGAAACACAUUAACCAACUGUUUAGCAACUCAGGCAUGACUUUGCAUUUUUCUUCUAAUCUUUCAUAGAAAUUUCUGGCCACUGGACACUGUGGGAGCAGCUUUUACCUUAUUGGACUAUCUCCCCUUAAGUGGGAAGGGCUUAGUCAAAUGCAGUAAAGAGCUAUAAAACAUCGAGAACUCUUGAUGUGUUGUGAAACUUAGAGGGAGCAGCUUUUUAACAAGAGAACUCAAGCAAUUGCUGCCAUGCCGGGGAAGCCAGUCCUUCACUACUUCGAUGGCAGGGGGAGAAUGGAGCCCAUCCGGUGGCUCCUGGCUGCAGCUGGAGUAGAGUUUGAAGAACAAUUUCUGAAAACUCGGGAUGACCUGGCCAGGCUAAGGAAUGAUGGGAGUUUGAUGUUCCAGCAAGUGCCCAUGGUGGAGAUUGAUGGGAUGAAGCUGGUGCAGACCAGAGCCAUUCUCAACUACAUUGCCACCAAAUACAACCUCUAUGGGAAGGACAUGAAGGAGAGAGCCCUCAUCGACAUGUAUGCAGAAGGAGUGGCGGAUCUGGAUGAAAUAGUUCUCCAUUACCCUUACAUUCCCCCUGGGGAGAAAGAGGCAAGUCUUGCCAAAAUCAAGGACAAAGCAAGGAACCGUUACUUUCCUGCCUUUGAAAAGGUGUUGAAGAGCCAUGGACAAGAUUAUCUCGUUGGCAAUAGGCUGAGCAGGGCUGAUGUUUACCUAGUUCAAGUUCUCUACCAUGUGGAAGAGCUGGACCCCAGCGCUUUGGCCAACUUCCCUCUGCUGAAGGUACUCUGUUUCAUAUGGGACAGUCCAUAUCUUACUUAUGUCAUUGAAUCCAAUAUUUUAACCAUAAGGUUAACAGUGAUGCAAACUCCAGUGUUGCUUAAUUCCAACCCCAAUAAACCCAAUAUAAAAACACACAAUUCUACACUACAUAGUGUAGAAUUAUAAACUACAUAGUUGUAAACUACAUAGUUAGAGUGGGCAGAUCUAACACUAUGCUAAUUUAUUCCCCAGCUGUAAUAACCCUUGCUCCUGGAAGUUUCAUCUGCCCACAUGGUUCUGGUCCAUCAUGGCUUCCUCCUCCUCCUCUUCAGUCCUCUCUCCUUCCCCUCUUGUCCUCUUUUCCUCACUACCCGCCCGCUCCAAACCUCCAAUCCCACCUUUCCCUUCCACUGCCCAAUCAUAGACUCCUACUGAUCAGUUAAAAUGGGGAGAAGGUUCACAUGAGUAUGAGAUGGAUGGCUCACCCGAGGUAACACCUCUUGAGGAAACAGAAUUAACAUCAGAAUAUAAGCAGCAUCAGGACAACCUACAACAUCCCAGUUUCUUCCUGCAACCCCUCUCCUCCAGCCACACCUACAAAAUGAGAUUUUAGACUCUAGUUCCAAGACACGAAAAGAAUCAUGUUACAUGAGGAAAUCUGAGGUGGAUACUCUCUCAGGACACAUAUUCUCUCUUGUAUAAUGGAAAGACCCCAGGACUCCACUCUCUCUCCCCUCACCCUAUCCCACCUUGGACUUGAUCCUGAUUUCAAUGGGAUUCUCUCUAUCAAAGAUACAGCAUUGUCCUUCUACAAUGAACAUAUCUGGAGAGAUCUUUUUCAAGCUUCUGCAUUAAUGAACAUUGUAUUUCUUUCUACAGUAGUCCCCUUUCCUGGAUCACAGUCCCUCUUUUUUCCUUUCUUUAUUUCUUCCUUCCUUCCUUUCUUUCUUUCUUCCUUAUUUAUUUAUUCAUUUAUUUAUUAUUUAAGAUAUAGUCUGUCACUGAGCCUGGUCCUCAUCAGAUCUGGUAGGCUGACUAAUCGAUAAAUUUCAGAGCUGUCUCUCUCCACCCUCUGCACCAUAGCAUUGAAGCAGAAACACAUACUACUCUCCUAGGUUAUAUGUGGGUUGGGGAUCCAAACUCACACCCUCAUGCUUGCAGAGCAGGCACUUUGCCCACUGAGCCAUUCCUAGGCCCUCACGCUCUUUUUACGUGCCUUUGUUUUUUCUGUGGUGCUCGUGAGUAAACCUUGCUUCUACCAAGAAAAUGCUGUACCACUGGGCUAUACUGCCAGUCCCUGCUACUCCCAUUUUUCUUUCCAGGUGAAGGUUUGUGGUGACUGGAUCCAGGUGUCCCCGUUUCCUUUCUACUACCAUUUCUGACAAUAUUAUCCCAAAUCAUCAUUUUUACCUAUUUGGGUGUUUCUAUGUAUCUAUGUGCUGAGAGAAGUGGUGAGUCUGCAGGAUUAAUGUCCAAACAAGACGGGAAAAACUCAGAGAGAAUGAAUCUUUAAGAUAUAUUGGUACAAAGUCCAUUUCCUUCCUCUCAUCUUCAUUGUCUCUGGGUGUCUGUCUCCAACCUCUACCCUCGUGCUGCUGAUGGAGGGGCUCAGUUGGUCAUUUGCCCGGCAGGGGCACAGGGCUGGGCAAACCAUAACUCUUUCUUCAGCUGCUCUCUGAGGCUCGGAUUUGUCUGUUGCAGGCCCUGAGAACCAGAGUCAGCAACCUCCCCACAGUGAAGAAGUUUCUUCAGCCUGGCAGCCAGAGGAAGCCAUUAGAGGAUGAGAAAUGUGUAGAAUCUGCAGUUAAGAUCUUCAGUUAAUUCAGGCAUCUAUGGAUACACUGUACCCACAAAGCCAGCCUUCGAAAGCUUUGCAACAAUCGCAUAUUUUGACUAAAUGUUGACCCUACUUAUUGGGAGGCCAACACGUUUUCUAAUGCUUCUGUGUUAAUUCAUAUAGACAUGACUGAUGAGGAAUUGCUGGGAUGCUAUUUGGUUGUAGUUAAAAUUUGAAAUCAUGAUCACUUCCUCAGAUAUUACUUUGAAUCUCAAUAAAAACUUCGCAAGCUUC